AUGGCAAACAGCAUACAAUCACCUUCGACAAACCCAGAUGAAAGGAUGCGUCAAGCCGUGCAACGAUUCAGCACCACAAUGGAAUCUUCGGACCGGCAGCUCCUACAAGACCGCAUCAACAAGAUCCAAGCAAUGAGCCUCUCCACCAAGGAGGAGAAAAUCAGGAAAAUGCGCUCAUACUGGCCGGAUUUAUGCGCUGACGCAUUUUAA